CGUCGUCUCCAUCGUUCGCGACCCUCACGGUCACUGCAACGCCUAGUAGGAGCAGCAGAGCCAAUCUCAAGAGGGAAAGGCCAAUGGAGAUGGACAGUCAAAACCUCGUUCUGUGAACAGCGCGCUUUCAAAAAGGUUCGGAGCGAAGCAAUGAUCCGCCGCGAUGUCAGUGAUCACUGUUCUUUUCUGGAAGAAAUUGAGGCACCCAUGUGGGUGGAUCUCACGUUAGAAGUUAGCAAUAAUGACCAAGAAAGGGCUGAGGAAUGGUUCAAUGAAAGUCACCUGUUCCACCAAUAUUCCUCUCGCCAAUUGAAAUCCACUUUCUCUCAUUUUUCCGAGGAAAAUGGGAGCUCAGACUUCUGCCUUCAAGGACCCUCUUCACCAAAGCUUCCGUCCACAGUGUCCAAAUCAAGAGGUAAAGACUACAGGGGCAAGAAAUGGGAGAAGCAUAAGUCUGAUCCUUCAGUUCAUCAGAGUCAUCCGGUAAAAGUUCUAAGUGCAACAUCUUCAAGUUCCAAUGAGUGUUCCUAUCUGCAAAGCAAACCAAAGUCGAGGUUAGUUGAUUUGAGAGGACCCUCUGGCUUGAAGAAGAAUUUAGUAACAGAAAGGAAUUCUGACAAAAAUGGCAGCAGGCUUUCUUCGAAACCCACACUCCCUGGCUCUACAUCAAACAACACGAGUCAAACAAAGCAGAAAAGUGGCAUUUCAUUUGAGAGCCAUCAACAAGAAGAAAAAAUGGUUGUUCAUGUUUCGGGGCAAGUUUUUGGUAAUUCAACUGGACUUUCUUCAAUUAUUAGAACGAGCCUCAGGAAAAGUUGUGUUACAAGACAAGCAUCAAGGGUGGAGAUUACUGGUGAUACGGGUCAUAGAAGUGGUCAUAAAUCUUCUGGAAAGUCCAGCGUUGGUUCAUCUUCACACCCCUUAUAUGAUGCAAAGCUCUCGACGUCUAGUCAAGUUGAGGACAGGGAGAUUACUCCUAAUAGCAGACACAUGGCGAGGACAUAUCAAGCACUUCCCAAUAAAAAAGAGAGAGUGAUCUCGGGCGUCUCAAGUACUAUAUCUAAUAGAUAUAAGAGGGGUAAAAGCCACCUUGCAAAACCAGGCUGCCCAGAAGUUGCAAAACCUGAGGUACAGCAUCGAAAUUGUUGUUCAAAGGCUUCAUUGCCUCUUCGAGUUAAUGCACCAAACUCUUUCGCCAAGGAAAAGCCUAAGGGAAUGCUAGAGGUUUCAAGGCUCAAUAAAUCUGUAUCCAAAGAAAAGGAAAAUUUAAGGAGGAGGUCGCCUGAGAGUCGGACUAAGGGCAACACGGGCAAGUUUCAGAGAGGGAUAACGGGCAACAUGUCACAAAAGGGAGAUCGAAGAGUAUUAGUUGGUUUGAAGCUUGGUGAUGUCCGUGGAAAUGAAGGAAAAGCUAUCAAGAAUGUUUCUCAGAAGGGUCUACUCUCAAUGAGAUGAUGAUUCUUAAUGCCAGUGGUUUUGGAGUGGGAUUCUUGGAUUGAAGUUCACAGCAUGUAUCAUAUGCAUCACUGAGUACCUUUUAUUUCAAUAAAAGAUUACCUAUGGUGAUAGCAGGAAAUUGCUCUAAACAGACUAUCCAUUGCGGACUCCUAGAUAGCCAUUUUCCUUCUUGUUUUGAUUAUAUUCAUUAACUUAACAAAUUGCCCAGGCAUCUUUUCUUAAUCAGCUAGGAGUUUAGGACUAGAGAGAGAGCUUUCUAGUGGAACGCGAAGUUUCUUCAUGUUUGUUUCUUUCCGCCCAUUUUUGGUUUUCUCCUGGCAACUUCCACAUAACAGUGUAAUUGGAAACCAGUCCUGCAACCAUUGCCACAUGCGGCGCCAAAAUAACUUUGGACCACAUACCACUUUUUGGCAAAUCUAUUUCUUGAAAGAUUUGAAGAAAGAUUUCCCCUUCGCUUUUUGGUUGAGCAGAAAACGAAUUCAAAGGAAAGGUUAUGUGAUCAUAAAGAAAUUACAUUCCUAGUAGGACCCGUUUUCAUCCUACGUAUGGAUAAAUCAACAGCUCUUGUCGCACGAGAUUGAAGAUACUGCUUCACGGUACCACAAGCAGCUUUUCCAGGAAAUUACCAAUGUAGAUGCAGCGAAAAUUGCAGUGGCUAUGUACAACAAUGGAAACGCCAAGCCAGCCUUCUUCUGUGGUCGUGCAUGCUAUAAUCCUCUUCUGGCGGUCCUAUUGUCCAUGGUAUCUUUGGAGUUCAUUUCCCCGUGUAGUCGCAUGGACUCAGGAAACAGCACAUUAGAAUAAUCACCGUUUGAACUGGCUUUGCACAAUCAUUUGACCACGGUCAGGCAGCAAGGACAUCAUAUGUCCGAUGUAUCGUUUGUUUCAAAUGUCAAUGCUGACUGAUAUCAACCCUGUAAUAGCAUCUUGUGAUCAAAUCAUUGAUCUUUGUCCAA